CCGCGCUUCUUUCUGAGCACUCACAUACUGCUCCUUCGCUGUAGACGCAUCAUUCCUUUUGGGAGGCUCUUUUUGAUUUCGUUACGACUAACAUUCCGUUUCCUGUUCUUCAAUCGUUGAUUUUCAUUUCAUUUUAGUUAUUUUUCAUUUUUUCUUGUUUUGUUUUGGCCUCCUAAUUAAGGUAAAUCUGUUUCUUGGUGACGGCCGGGCACUUCAACUCAACUGCGCCGCUCUUUGCACCCUCUCGUGGUAGGCUCUGACACUGCUUGUGUACUUUGGACCUUCAGGGACGCGUGACGCGUCACUCUUCACAGCUUGUGCUAUAUUGCACGCUCGGAAACUCGAUCUCACUUCAAUUUUUGUCAUUCGAGCCGAUUCUACGAGACAAGCACUUCUUCCCUGCUUCCAUGGUCUACUGGACAUGUCGAAUUUAGCAGAGAGGCCAUGGAACGAGGAGGAGAAGUACACAUUACUUACCGAGAUCUUGAAGAAGGCCAGAGUUCCCUCAAGCCACCUAGUGAAAAUGAUCCGGGAGUUUGGUAUCACGCCAAGCUGGACAGACAUUCCCUUGCCUCCAGGUCGCUCACUCAACUCGUGUCAAAUGGCAUUUUACAACAUGUCUCAACAGGUUCCCGUAUCUGCCCAUCCUGGCCGUGGGCCGGCUCCUCAUGCCCACGAAUCUGCACCGCCGUCAACAGCGCCCUUGGAUCCAAGUGCUUUGCGUAAAAGACCUCUGUAUCCAUUAGAUAGAGCGGUCCGUGCCCCUCGCGCAAUUCAGCCACGCCCUACGACCAGUACUGCUUCUUAUAGCAGCGAAAGCGGUGCCUCGGCCCUACUGUCUCCCAGCUCGGAGAACAUUACUGUUAAAGGAGAACCUCCGCGAAAAAGAGGUCGCCCAAGCAAGGCUGAAUCAGAGCGACGCAAGGCGGCAGCUGAGGCCCGCGGGGAAACCUAUCCCCCACCACGACGAACUGGCUCUAGCAAGGUGAAGUUGCCUUCUGCACCGACGAGUCCUGCCUCGCUAGGGCCCGGGGCACCUCUGUUUGGUUCUCAGGCUGUUGGCAGGCCACCACACCCGUCCCCUUCUUCCGAGCUACACUACCCUGCUCAGCCCAGGCGGCCAUUGUCGCUAGGAGGAGCGAUAGGUGAUACACGAUUGCAAGAAAUGCCAAGCCAGGAUCUGAUGCCUUCAAUGCGGGAAUUGCCGCGCCCCACGGAAAUGAGGCAGACGCUCCCAUCGCCACAAGCGCUACAAUUAGGACAAAGGGAACCGAUUCCAAGAAGAGAAACGGGAGACCGGUUAUUUGAGCCCCUUCUUCCUGAUAGGACUUCAUUCGUGGAGGGCAAUCGAAGAAAUCUCAUUCAUCCUCUCGCCAGACGUCCCGAGGAAGCGCAUGGCACAGUUUCAGAGUUAAGUUCGGCGGAGAAUCGAUCUGAAUGAUGCACAAUUCUGGAGGAAGUGACGACAGAUUCCAUCUCAGAGAGCAUCAAAUCAUGAUUAAUGAUUGUAUGUCAUUCACAAUGGACAGUAUAUGCCUUUUCGAAAUCAAUGUCAUGAAGCAGGUUGAACAAGGUCAUAAAAGACAACCCAGUCAUAUCGAUGCACGUGACCAGCGCAAGAAUUAUUACAACUACGUGCAAUUGUCGUUCUGUACACGAACCACGAAUACUUCCCUUUUUAAACGCGCUAGCAAAUUACUUCCUUUCCUAAUUCCAUUUCUGACGAUAAGACCUC